CCCGGACUGUGUGGGUCGUUGCUCAGCAGCGCCCGCUCCCGGGAGCGCAGGGCCGGGUCUCCGAGCGCCGUAGCCUCCCCAGCCUCGGGGUCUGACCUCGAGCGGCCCCUCAGAGUGCGUUUCGUUGUUGCUCCCGGCAACAGCCACUUCCGGGAGCGAGUGCCGUUCCCCCAGCACCGCGAGCUCCGGAGCUCCGGGUUCCGGCCUCCCGGCAGCCGUGCGUCAGUCGUCGCUGUUCGCUCGGCGGGUGACCGCGGGCCGCUCACCCCGGACCCUGUCGCCGCCUCGGCGGAGCCUCCGGGGCCACCAUGGUUCUGCUGCACGUGAAGCGGGGCGACGAGAGCCAGUUCCUGCUGCAGGCGCCGGGGAGCACGGAGCUGGAGGAGCUCACGGUGCAGGCGGCCCGGGUCUACAACGCGCGGCUCAAGGUGCAGCGCGUCUGCUCAGAAAUGGAAGAAUUAGCAGAACAUGGCGUAUUUCUCCCUCCCAAUAUGCAAGGACUGACUGAUGACCAGAUUGAAGAAUUGAAAUUAAAGGAUGAAUGGGGUGAAAAGUGUAUCCCCAGUGGGGGUUCAGUAUUUAAAAAGGAUGAUAUUGGACGAAGGAAUGGACAAGCUCCAAAUGAAAAGAUGAAGCAAGUUUUAAAGAAGACUAUAGAAGAAGCCAAAGCAAUAAUAUCUAAGAAACACGUGGAAGCCAAUGUCUGCGUUACCAUGGAGAUGGUGAACGAUGCCUUGGACCAGCUUCGAGGUGCAGUGAUGAUUGUUUAUCCCAUGGGGCUGCCGCCGUACGAUCCCAUCCGGAUGGAAUUUGAAAACAAAGAAGAUCUGUCGGGGACUCAGGCAGCGCUCAGUGUCAUCGCAGAGUCCGAGGCACAGCUGUGGUGGGCAGCGAAGGAGCUAAGACGAACAAAGAAGCUGUCGGACUACGUGGGGAAGAACGAGAAAACCAAAAUCAUCGUCAAGAUUCAGCAGAGAGGGCAAGGAGCUCCAGCACGAGAGCCCGUCAUCAGCAGUGAGGAUCAGAAGCAGCUGAUGCUCUAUUAUCACAGAAGACAAGAGGAACUCAAGGUGUAAAGGCUGCACCUGCGAUGGAAGCUGGGUGGCCAAACUAGGCUCACCUUGAAACUGAACAGAUUCUUGUGUGCUUUCUGGGCUUUUCCUGACAACAGAUGCAGAUCCUGGUGGUUCUCCCCAUGGGCUCACCCUGCAGCUCUUGGUGUGCUGAGGUUGACACCAAGGCUGAUGGAUGAAAACCUUGUUGGAUUGCUGACCAUCCAGCCACAGGACACACUGGCUCACCUGUCAUCAUGACCGGUUUACUAGGACACCUUUGAUUUUAAAUUCUCCAGCUCAUCAACUCCACACAUCCUCAUGCUUCCACAGCUCAAGUGCAUCUCUCAGACUGUGCAGCCAGAAGCGGCCUAGACGUCUUGUGCUGCUGCAUUUGGCCUGUAGAAGACUCUUCCCCUAGUGGGAGGACAUACAUCCUGCUCACUCUGAGGAGAAGCGAAGGGACAAGGACGCUCCCUGCCCUGGUCUCCCUGUGCCGCCUGCUCCUCCGUCCCCCCUCCAACAGCCACAAGGACAGAGCCAGGGGAGCGAGUGGUGACUGCCUUCCUGGGGGCAGGACCGGGACCCUGGGCUCCCAGACCUGGCCCCGUUGUGGGGGGUGGGGAACAUCCAUGUCUCCCUUGUUUCACGCGCCAGCAACAUCCACUGACUCUGCCCGCACCUCGAGGGGAGGCCUUGGCUCCUGGCAGAGGAAAGUCUGCAUGGAGAGCACCCUACACAGGUGCUCCCUUCUAGAACCUUCUGCCACCUGUCCUCACCUCCACCAUCUCCAGGUUACUUAGGGCAGCUGCCCGUGAGCUGAUCGCCUACUAGCAUUCCUGCUGUUCUCGAAACAGCAUUUUCUAAAGUGGCUGGUAACUGACUCUACGUCUUGACUGUACCUUGCUCUGUCGCUUGUCAAAUUCUGUAAAAUCAAGUUUGCAUCCGUUUUCUU